CGAGACAACACUGGACAUGUUAGAGUUGCUUAUGAUUGCUCACAACUAGACAUAUACCCAGUAUACAAGGGUUGUGUUAACCCCCUUGAAAACAUGACACAUUAAUAACAAAGAAAAAAAUAAUUUUAUUAGCAACCAGUUUCAAACCAAAAUUUUAAACAAAGCUACAGUGGGAAUAAUUAAACUUCUAAACAGAAUGUUGACAUGCAGCAGAAAUCCAUAUAUAAACUUUGGAAACUGUCCAGUUUUUUUUCUAAACUAAAACCUAUUAUCCCAUUAACAUCUUAUUUUACACAACCACCUGUAUUUAACAUGACAGGGUUAGUUAUUGACUCCUCAGCCACAUCUAUAAGCACAGCGUUACCAAGCACAUAUGCUACAGCAACUGCGUCAUAUUUCACUGACUUACGAAGGGCAACAGUGAAUGGAUACAAGCAAGAAAACCAUGGUACUCUAGUUUCUGCAGGCCCAUCACAAAUAGUUGCCGUUGGCGACCUAUCCAACAGUGCUAUAGCCACUUCUUUAGAAACUGAAGAUUUAACAACACCAACACCAACAGCACAUAGCAUGGCCACGACUACAGUAGCCAACUACAAGAGUUUGAAAUAUGCAAUUUUACUUUCGGGUAUUGGUGCGUUGACUUUGGUUCUUUAAUGAUAUGUUUGCUUUUUAUCAGGGUUAAGUCGGUUUUAUGUUGGUUUAUAGUUUAAUGAUUUCAUUUCGUUUCUGGUUAUAUAUAUAUACUCAGUCUAAUAUUUAUUUGAUAGUUUUUAAUAGAGUGCUCAUCUAGG